AUGAAAGCUAAAGAGAUGAAGAAAGAGAGAGCCUUAUCAAGACUAGUGAAAUCCCCGGUACGUUUCUUGAUCAUGGCACGUGACGCCUACAUACGUAGCAUGACAUCAUGCUCCGUCGGUUUCAUCACCGGUGGUGGUUCUGGUGGAUUCGGUUUAUCGGCCGGUAACUUUCAAAUCUGCGAAGCACCAAGCACCACUCUCCCUCGUAGCUUCAUACUUAAUACGUCAACGACGACGGGGACACGUGAACGCUGCCGGUUUGUCACACGUGGCGGUGGUGUCGGAGAAAAUAGGGCUGCGAUGAGACGACCGUUGGAUCUCAGGAGAAACUAUAGCUGUAUGGUGAUGGGAAGGAUCGAUGAAGAGAAGGCUUGUGAUGAGUUUGAAGAAGAGGGUUUGCUGGAUUGA